CGCUGGAUCGAGCAGGAGCUUGAGCUGUUGUACAGCAUGGUCGAAGCAUCCGUAACGCUGGAUGUGCUGAUGGAGCAGCGGACGCAGCAAGCGGCCAAGCUGGCUGGUUUGAAGGCCUCGAAAAGUAAAGAUCCGUCCACGAUCGAGGAGAUCCGCCAGUGCGAGAACGAGAUGGCACUACGGAACGCCCAGAUUAGUGAUUUGCAGCAGCGCGGUCACGAUAUCGAUGGGCAGCUCGCGUUGUUCAGCAAGACACUGGAUACGUUGCCGGAGAAACGGGAAGCCUAUCGGCGCCUACUGGCAGCGAGCGUUGCCGAUCGUAAGCAGCUCAGCGGGCUACGCUUCCAGCUGGUCGAGUGUCAGGCGGCGAACGAGUGUCUCGAGGAAUCGCUAGCACAGCUACGCACCGACCAACAGCAAACCGAGCAACAGUAUGUGGUGCAGGUGGCCGAACUGGAAAAGGCUUACGAGGACAAGCUGGCCCUGCUGUUGCUCCAUCAGCAACAACGCACUCCAGUUAGGAAGCAACCAGCCGGUGUGCCGUUUGAAGAAGGAACAGAGCAGGCGAUGCAACAACAACCACAGACUGAAAGCGGCACUGAGCAGCAUACCGACAACAACGAUGUGCUGGUCGAAGCAAUCGAACGUAUCGAGAUGCUGCGCAACGAACUGGAGCUCUGCAAGGAGGGCAAUCGUCGGCUGCAGCAGCAACUGAUCGCUACCAAGGAGAAGCUGGCGGCUAGCAACGUGCCCCGGGUGUCUGGCAAUCGGAAACCGAAACCACGAAUUCUUAGCUAUGUGACCAAGCAGGAAGAAGAGGAAGAAGAGGAGGAGGAAGAGGAGGAAGACGAGUAUGACGACGAUGAGUUGGAUGAGUUGGAGCGCGAACGUGAUCCGGACUUCCGCGGAACACCCAUCAGUAAACGGCGAAAGAUGAGUACCGUAUCGUUAUCGAGCCAGUUGCAACGUUCCAACGAGAGCGUUACGAAUGAAACGACCAAUAGUAGCGGCACGGGACCACACUGCACCUGCACGGGUAAUUGCUCAACAAUGCGCUGCGGCUGCCGAAAGUCUGGCCUUUCCUGUCAGUCCAGUUCUUGUAAGUGCCCGGUAACCUGUGCCAACAAGGCGCUUGAUUCGAUCUCGGAAGACACACCGUCAGAUAAGGAGGAUGAAAAGGAGGAGGAAAAGGAGAACACUUUUAGCGCCUCUGAUGAUGACGACGGUAGGAAGCUACUGGAGAAGCUCUGCACUCCUCAGCAGAACAAAAGGACCGCAGAAAUGGACAUUCUUACGUACGUGUCGACGCACAGAAAGCUGAAACCCCUGCUCAUGGACUAAUUCCUCUUACUGUCGAGAUCAAUGCAUAUUGCAU